AAGCGGUGUCCAGGUAAAAAUAUCCGUAUCUCGAUAAUUGUCAGGUUUUUAACUUUUAUAACGUAGAUAUUGCAUUGCUGGCUUUAAAUGACCAUAUAAUAUCGUAUAAAUAUGCUGCCAUGCAGAGUUUAGUGGUCACCAUGAGAAGAAAUCAGAAAAUUUUGAUCAUCGUCAUCCUUGUGGUGUUGACCAUUUAUUACUUGAUGCUCCCUCGGAAAAAAACUUCUAGACAGAGGGUGAUUGAUGACAAGAAAGUCAGACAUCCAUUUUCGCAUUAUUUGACACAAGUGACCAAAAACGACACAUUAUUUCAUUCUUUUUUACACCUGAAAUACAGUCAUCCUGAUACAAGGCUUGCUAUGCAGAAAUAUUUACGUCCGCAUGAAUUUUCAGAUGCUUUAGACAAUGUUGCUAAGCAACCAGAUGCUCUUGAUUCAUUUAAUGUGGAGAACGAUGUUCUUGUAUAUAUUCACAUACAGAAGGUUGGCGGAACAGUCUUCAACAGUCACCUUAUCAAUGAUCUGAUUCUUGAAACCCCGUGUCACUGUGAAAAAGAUGUAUUGACCAAUCCAUGCUAUUGCAAAACCAAGCAGGGUAAUAUAUGGUUGUUUAGUUGGUUUACUGUGGGGUGGCCUUGUGGCCUGCAUGCAGACUGGACUAUGUUACACGAGUGUAUUGACAAAGCCAUGAAUGAGUUAGAGGGAAAGCAAAGACAGAGAAGAUAUUUUUACAUUACGUUGUUACGAGACCCGGUGUCUAGAUACCUGAGCGAGUGGCAACAUCAGAAACGAGGAGAACACUGGGAGGAUGCCAAACUACAUUGUGGCGGUAAACGUGUUAACUUGUUUGAAGUUCGUCCUUGUUUCCAGGACACAUGGGAAGGGGUUACACUAAGAGAAUUUAUGCAGUGUAAGGAUAACCUUGCUACAAACAGACAAACACGCAUGUUAGCAGAUCUCACAAAAAGUGAAUGCUAUAAGAAAAAUAAAUUAAUUGAAAAAGACAACUUAAGACUCAAAAGUGCACAAGAAAAUUUAGAACAAAUGGCAUUCUUCGGAUUGACUCGGUAUCAAAGGGAAACGCAAAAGUUAUUUGAGAAAACAUUUAAUAUGAAAUUCAAAAGAGAUUUUGAAAGACUAGAUGAUGACAUAGAUGAAGUACAUGUAUCGGAAGACGAGUUCCUCAAUAUGAUGAGUUAUAUCGAGUUAGAUAUUCAGCUGUAUGUACAUGCUAAAGAUCUGUUUAUGCAAAGAACAAGACUUUUGUUAUGAAUCUCUUUUAGCAGCUUUAAUACCAAAGUUGUGCAUUUAUUUAAAUAUACACAGGAAAAUAUGUGCUUUUGUAUGUCUAAUCCACAGAUGCUGGAGAGUUCUAAGAAAUUUGUUAUAUUAUUGCAAGCGUAAAAAUGAAUCUUGAUAGUGUGUGUUUGUAUUGUUCUAUUCCAUUUUAUUUUACAUGAGAGCACUAGCUGUUAAAACUACUUUUAUAUUUUGCACAGGGCACAUUUAUAUCAUUUAUGUAAGAAAUUUAGACUUCAAAUAUCGUAAAUAAAGCUUUCCUUUUCUAUUGUUACUUUGUUUAGAGAGUACAAUGUACAUACAUUGUUGCAAUUAACCCUUACUCUGCUAAAUUUAUAUAAUGAACUUGUCCAUCUCUAAAUUUAGACACUACUAUUAACUGUUAAAAGAGAUAAAAAUGAUACUGACUGAAUAGCGAACAGUGUGCAGAUCAUGAUAAGACUGUAUGGAUGUACAGGCUGAUCAUGAUCUACACUGUUCGCAAAGGCAGAAUCAGUCAUGUCCAGCAUCGUGAUAAGGGUUUAACAGAAAUUAGUAUAAUGGUCUAGAUAUCUUUAGUAUGUGCCAACUUCGAGAGUAAUUUUUGUUCUUUAGUUAAAAAGCACCAAACAGAAGUUUUUGCAUUCUCCAGUCUUUGGCUGAAUUUCUGACUGAGAAAAUUGUUAAAAUUAUUGCCAUGUUGAUCUGAUUUUACAUUAUUAACAUGUGACUCCCAGGCCGGGGGAUGUACUUAUUUGUAAUCGUGUUAUUCAGCAUGUAAUAUUGUUUUACAUAUGAAAGUUUUAGGCCAGGUUUGCUUCUGCCAGAUAUGCUGUCUAUGGGAUGCGUCUUAUAAGCAAGUGCCAGUGGUAGGUUGACACUAUCAUCUAAUUAAACAUGGACAUUGGCGCUGGCUAUUGCAUAUUGCAUCUACAUUUACUGUAUUGUAUGAUCGGAAAGUAUGUUUACAAAAGUCUUAAGUACCAGGUAUGUGACUUAACCGAAACCAAGUUAUUAAGUUUUCACUACUGUGCCAUACAUCUGUUUGAUUCAUUGUACUGAUGGUGUUACAUGACCAUUUCUUUAGAAAUGCAUGUUUCUGUGAAUGUAGCAAAGAGUCUGGUCUACAGGUAAUCAGUUAUUUUCAAAACAUUUCCGUCUGUGGAAUAUUAAUAAUAAUAAAUCAUGUUGAACAUUAUUUUGUGAAUAUUCAGUAUUGUAUGAAUAUUAUUAUUUCAUGAAUGCAUUAUUAUAUGAAUAUUCAUUAUAUGAGUAUUCAGUAUUUUAUGAAUAUCCUUAUUUAUGAAUAUUCAUUAUUUUAUGAAUAUGAUGUAAUACUAUAGGGUGCAGCUAAAUUUCCGCUAUCAUACACCAUAUUUAUACUUGUGUAGAAAAGAAAAUAUACUGCAUAGAACUUGCAGGCCCCUAGGGGCUUAACGUUUUGAAGAAGGGCUUUAAAAAAUUCAGAUUAUUUUAGUAAAUAUAAACCAUAGAUUCAACUUAUAAUGAGGUGAACCUUAACAAGCAUAGCACUACCAUGCUGGAAUUCACUAAGUAUCAUGACCUAGAUUAACAUAUUUUCUUUGUGAGGUAAAUUAUUUGGGUUUUGCUUAUUAAUGGGGAGAUGGCAUAAAUUAGAGAAUAUCUGGUAAUUACAGAAAUGAAAGCACUUCCUGUUCUUUUACUCAUUGAAUGAAAAAAAAAAACUUGUUUCAUCUGCGGGAAUGGUCAUAAAAGCAUUUCUUUAAUUCAGCUACAUGUAUUUUUGGUGCUAUAUUGUCAACUUUGUGUGCGAUAAUGUAUUAUUUGAUGCAUAUUUUGUAUAACAAUACAGUGAUAGUUGGAUUGUAGCGAUAUCUUGUUUUUUGGUGUAACAUUCGAGCAACUUUUCAUGCCCAACUUUAUAGUGCUGCCUUACCGGCAUAUCUCGCCAUAUAAUGAAAACAUAAUUUUGUGGUCAAACUGCUGAUUGCUUGCUUUGUUUGUUGUUGCCUACUUGUUUGAAGGGACAAAUGUCAUUCAUAAGUAAAAUAGGCUUUACAGCAUGUUCUCUGAAAUUCUUAUAGACAUAUCAAGUUUUUUUUUGUUACUUUUUUGUAUUUUAUAUUACAUGUUCUUGUCGUAUUGUUGAGGCAAUAUUUUUGUAAAGAAUUUUUCAAAUUCUAUGUACAUUCCAGAAACGUUUUUAUAUAAAACCCAAGAUUAAAAGAUGUAGACCAAAAAUAU